AUGAGGUCGACAUCGAUUUGCCCGGAGAAUUCCACCGCCGCUCCUCAAUCGACGUCCAAUUUCCAACCGAUCCUUCCUCAUGUGGGGCCCACUCCCCAUGCGAAUUCUAAACAAAGUAAUGUAUUUCAACUGUUAGCUCGGAGGGAGGUGUCUCCACGCACAAAGCGAUCCCUCAGAAGCUUCUGGGGAGACACUUCAAGAUGUCAGCAUGAAUCCUCUGGAUUAAAAUGUGAAGCUGCAAAAGACGCAAGACAAGAACUUCUUUCAUGGGUAGAGGCACAGUCAUUGCUACAUUUAUCAGCCAAUUAUUGUUCACUGUUACCUCCACCCAGGUCAACCAUCGCAGCAGCUUUUAGUCCUGAUGGGACAACACUUGCUUCUACCCAUGGAGACCAUACUGUAAAAAUAAUCGACUGCCAAACUGGAAAAUGCUUAAAGGUGUUGAGUGGUCAUCGGAGGACACCUUGGGUGGUUAGGUUCCAUCCACUCCAUCCUGAAAUUCUUGCAAGUGGAAGUUUAGACCAUGAAGUUCGGUUGUGGGAUGCAAACACUGCUGAGUGUAUAGGAUCUUGUGACUUCUACCGUCCUAUAGCUUCUAUUGCCUUCCACGCAGAAGGAGAAAUUUUGGCUGUGGCUUCAGGCCACAAGCUCUUCAUAUGGCACUACAACAGGAAAGGGGAUGCUUUUUCACCAACAAUUAUACUUAAGACUCGCCGUUCACUCAGGGCUGUGCAUUUCCAUCCACAUGCUGCGCCAUUUCUUCUAACUGCCGAGGUCAAUGAUCUCGACUCAUCGGACCCCUCAAUGAUGCUUGCAACUUCUCCUGGCUACUUGCGCUACCCUCCUCCUACAAUAUAUUUGGCAGAUGCUCACACAGCUCAUCGAUCUAAUUCAGGAAAUGAGCCCAUUAUGUCUAUACCCUCUCUGAUUUGGCCUCCAAUUGGCCGAGUUGAUGCGAGGUUACCUUCCCAACAUACUGGUGCAGUCAUGAGCUCUGGCGUUCCACAACAGAGUGUGCAUUCUUCUUCCUCCAUACGGCUUCUCACGUAUUCAACUCCAUCUGGACAGUAUGAACUAGUGUUGUCUCCAAUUGAAUCUAAUAGCUCUCCUCUGCGAGAAGGGUCACAAACUAAUUCUUUAACGACAGAAAUGGAAAUUGCUGUUUCUCAGACUGCAGUGGAUGCAAUGGAUACAGAUGUUCACCCUGAUGAGAUAAACAAUCAACUUUUUCCAUUUGGUGACCCAGCAUAUUGGGAACUCCCAUUCUUGCAAGGGUGGUUAACUGGUCAAAGCCAAGCUGGCCAAUGGUCAAUGCACUCACGAAAUGGAGGUGCUACUGAUGGUAUUUCUUCUUAUGGGGAAACAGGGAGUCAAACUUCAAUGGCUUCACCGGCAAUUGUAAAUAGUGUUAGUAGUUCAAGGGUUGGUGGAAGAUCUGGGUCACGUCACCGUUCUUCACGCUCCCGCACAAUACAAGCAAGUGGAUCUGGUGAUGGUGCUGCUUUUAACAGUGCCCCUCGUGAGCAGAGCAAUUCACAACCUUUCAUGAGCCAAGUCCAGUCCGAGGUAGCCACAUCACUAGCUGCAGCUGCUGAGUUACCUUGUACUGUGAAGCUUAGAAUAUGGUCUCAUGACAUGGAAAAUCCUUGCGCACUUCUUGAUACAGAGAGGUGUCGCUUAAUUAUUCCUCAUGCUGUACUUUGUAGUGAAAUGGGUGCCCACUUUUCUCCAUGUGGAAGAUUUUUAGCUGUCUGUGUAGCAUGUAUCCAGCCAAACACGGAAGCUGACUCAGGUUUUGAAGGCCAGGUUCAGCCUGAUGUUAGAGGGGCCUCAACAUCUCCAACUAGACAUCCCAUUUCAACCCAUCAAGUUAUGUAUGAACUAAGAGUAUAUUCCCUUGAAGAGGCAACAUUUGGCUCAGUUCUAACCUCACGGGCUAUCAGAGCUGCUCAUUGUUUGACUUCAAUACAGUUCUCUCCUACCUCAGAACAUUUGUUACUUGCCUAUGGACGGCGCCAUAGUUCACUUCUUAAAAGUGUGGUGAUUGAUGGAGAUACAACAGUUCCAAUAUACACAAUUCUGGAGAUUUACAAAGUUUGUAAUAUGGAACUUGUAAGAGUUCUUCCAAGUGCAGAGGAUGAGGUCAAUGUAGCUAGUUUCCAUCCUUCAGUUGGCGGUGGCCUUGUAUAUGGAACAAAGGAAGGGAAGCUGAGAAUUCUUCAGCCCGAUAAUUCUCACAGCUUGCAUUACGACAGAUCCUAUUUUCCUGAUGAUAAUAUGUAUGAGGUUCCAUCCUAUGCAUUAGAAGGCUGA